AUGUCUUCUUCUUCUUCGACCUCCCUCAUCCUCGUCCUCCUCUCCCUCCCCUCCCCCACCACCACCUCCACCCUCCCCCUCCCCUUCAAAACCCCUCUCCUCUCCCUCCCCUCCAAACCCUUCUCCCCCCUCCUCUCCCUCUCUCUGAAAAACAAGAAGCAGACCCAAACCCUGGUCCCUUUCGUAGCCCAGACCUCCGACUGGGCCCAGCAAGAAGAAGAGAACAUGGCAGUAGCUGAUGAGGAGGGGGAGGGGGAGGGGAUAGCCACUGCUGGGUCUCCUAUUCAUUGGGAUGAUGUUGGAGAAAAGAAACUUCUUGGACCAGAAUUGGUACAGCAAGCAAUUGAUAAAAUUCAAUUAGUUCGGGAACGUCUUCGCACUGCACAAAGUCGUCAGAAGAGUUAUGUUGAUCAAAGAAGAAGAGAAUUAGAAUUUCAAGUAGGCGAUCAUGUUUUCUUAAAGGUUUCACCUACUCGAGGAGUGAAAAGAUUUGGAAUCCAAGGGAAGUUAAGCCCGAGAUUCAUUGGUCCUUUUGAAAUCCUAGAGCGUAUUGGUCCAGUGGCGUACAGAUUAGCAUUACCACCAGCACUGUCGGGAGUCCAUGAUGUAUUUCAUAUAUCCAUGCUUCGGAAAUUCAUCCGAGAUCCAAAUGAGAUCGUUGAGUUGUCUCCAGUGGAGCUCAAGCCAGAUUUGACCUAUGAGGAAAGACCAGAACGUAUUGUGGAUUUUAAAGAACAAGUACUUAGACACCGAAUAAUCAAAUAUGUGAAAGUUCAGUGGAAUAAUCACUCGGAAAGAGAAGCCACUUGGGAAACUGAAGAUUCUAUGCGAGAGAGAUAUCCGGAGCUGUUUCGAGAUAUAGAUUAA